GCUGGUUUGCCAUAAAACUCUAAGAAGAAGAAGAGGCGGAGGAAGUGAUAAAACAAAAAAACAAUAAUAAUUAAAAAAAAACAUUUUUGUUUCGUUUUUCCUACACUUCAAAACCAUGGCAGGACUCGAACUGUUAUAUACUUGCGUGGCGAGCUCUAUAACAACAUCUCAAGAUGCCGUUGUGUGUUUUAUCCACUGGGAAAUUGUCAAGAGUGGAUAUAAAUGUUUAGGAACUGGAGAUGAGCCUCUACAUGGAGAGAAGAAAUCAGAGUUGCUUCCUGCAGCCUGGAACACAAACAGGGAGCUGUACACACUGAGAUACAGAUCAAAUGAUGACAAGUCCAACCUUCUCCUCAAAGCCAUCACAGUUGAUUCCAGCUUGAUUUUCAACUUAAUGGAUUCAGCCACCGACAAAGUCACAGACCUGACUGUUAAUGUUAGUGAUUAUGUAAAUGAAACAAACCUACACUCAUUUGAAAGUGUGUACAAGAACAUAGAAGAUUUGGCUAAGAGGCUGAACUCAUCACUGCUACCUGCAGUGAAACUAGAGGGAAGUGUGAGGAAAGAAACAAGAGAGAAAUUCACAGCCACACAGCCCCAGCCAGACCAUGAUCCCCUUUGUAUACCUACCAGAGGUUCCCCUGCUUUGUAUCCCCCACACUGGACAGACCCACUGAAUCCAUUUUCUGCAGGGAGGGCUGACCUUGAUCCCUUUAGUGGAACAGCAGAGGGCAUGAUUGUGGAUCCAUUACGAGCAGGCUUCCCUCGUUCUGGCUUUGACCCUUCAAGUGGCAUACCUGGAGUCCUCCCUCCGGGUGCUGUGCCCCCUGGUGCUCGCUUUGACCCUUUUGGACCAGUUGGCAGACAUAGAGCUGGGCCAGACCCUGAUCACCUGCCCCGGCCAGGCUAUGAUGACAUGUUCAUGUAGAAGAAUAUAAUUCACAUCGUGGUUCUCCUGGAUGACUUCCUGCUCCCUUAAUGUACUACAUUUCUCAUCUCUCUGCUUUGUAGUGAACAAAGGACAACAACUUCACAUCUUGCUACAUUUAUGUUUUGCUGGUUUUACCCUGUUUUGAAACUAUGUUCUCCACAGGGGCAAUUAAUUUAUGUUAAAUAAAGAGGGAGAUUGAUCCCUACUGGAAAGUGGGAUGUCUUAAUUUUCGCAAAACUUCAUUGUCCCAAGUAAAUUAUACUGUGAUACCAGACUAAGUGCUAUCUAAAAGUACUGGUACUGACAUUUGUCAGUUAUUUAUGGGGUAAGCAUCAGCAGAUGUAAUGGAAAUCAAUGCCAGCAAUGGCCUUUCUCAUGUUUAGUCUAAGCAGUGUUAGUCAGAGAAAUAAAGAUGUUCAGGAGCAUCCGGCACAUGAUUCUGCAAGUCCUGUACUUACAUCUUUAUCCUGGUGACAUAGUUUAAUUUCACGGAAUUUACCAGCAUUCAGUAAAACUCAUGAAGCCCGUAGAGUGACAAAAUGUCUUAUAAUAGUAUAUGUAGAUCUGUAAUAUUGUUUUGAAAUGGAACAUUAUCACUUCUCGGAUUCUUUUAAGAACCUUUAUGAGCAAGUUUUAACCUCUUUUGCCGGUAGCCAAAAAAUGGCAUUUUUGUCUGUUUUGGGGGUACCUGUGUUUAGCAUUGAUUUGUUUUGUGAUCUCACACACCACAGUAGUGGUUAAUGGCUCAUAUGAAAGUGGACACUUAAGACUUUAAGAAUUAGCACUUAUUUCAAGUAUUUCUUCUUUUACGUAGCCUACCUGAGGCAAUUCAGAUUAAAAAUAUAUAUAUAUAUAUAUUAAAAAAAAUUAUUUACUUUUAAACCAAAUGUUAUAUCUUCGCAUCAAAUGUUGAUAUCAACCCCAUUCCUGGUCUCAAAGAUGCCCCAAGUACUUGUCCAUGAACACCCAAAAUAUGAGGAAGUUAUCUCUAACCACUAAAAUUGUGUUUAAGGUUAUCCAAACACAGGUAAAAACCUCUCCAAAAUGGCACAAAACCUCUCCAAAUGGCACCAAACGUCUCUAAAUGACAUAAAACCUCUCUAAAUGGCACAAAGCUUAUAAAAAUGGCACAAAGCCUUUAAAAAUUGCAGACUUCUAGAAAUAGCAAAGGUUUUUUUUUUUUUUU